AUGAUCGAACAGUUUCGUAAUUAUACGGAAAAUAAAAUGACAAUCGAAGAGAUUGAUCUCAAUAAAUUUGAAAACUUAUUACCAUUUGUCGUUGAAAGUAUUUCUCAAUCAAUUUUGUCAACAGCAUCAACUUUAUUAAGAAAACAUGCUGAAAAUGAUCCUAAAGCUGGUAAAGCAAAUAACACAUCGACAAAAGACAGUCAACGUAGUGUAGUUUUUAACAGGAUUGAACCCGAAUGGGCAACUGUAAAACCUACACUAGCUCAGGUCAUCAAGUACAAGUGUAAUGAACAAUUACGAUGCACUGAAGUAAAGCAAAAUUGGCUUAUAAAGAUUGCCGCAAAUCCAUUUUCUGAAGGUGCAUUGCGCUUGGCAUAUUAUGGUCUCACCAAAUACAAAGAUAGAUGGGAAAAAGUUGUACUUAAAGAAUUUAAACGUAAUAAUCGUGGAGAUAAUACAAAAGACAAAUAUAUAGAGAGUCUGGAGUGUCAAACAGUGGCUGAUUAUCUGGCACUAGAAUUUAAUAAAUUACCACAACUAAAUAAUCUUACGACUUAUGUUAAAAAAAUUAAAUUCAUAAUGGCAAAAUUAGUUUUCAUGCCAAUAGGUUCAGAAAAAUAUCGUAAUAUGUCAAUGGAAAGAUUCAUCGAUGGUUCUUAUAAGAAAUAUUCAAAUAACGCUGGAUUUGUAGAACAUAGCGAUCCAGCAUUUACAUUACAAGCAUUUUCACAUUGGACUCAUGACCAUACAGACGGAAAUAUGAUGGUUGUUGAUUUACAAGGUAUUAUUGCUGGAGAUGAUGAAAAGUAUUUGCUUACAGAUCCAUGUGUACAUUCGACUCAUUUAUUUCGAUUUGGUCGUACAAAUCUUGGCAAACCAGGAAUGAAAAGAUUUUUUCAAACACAUAUCUGUAAUAUUAUUUGUCAUGCAUUAAAGCUCAAACCAAAUGAACACCAACCAGACAUCAAAGCAACGAAAUACGAUUCGUAUUUCAACAACAAACCCAAUCGUACGAUGUUUAAUUGA